AAUCCAGCGUUUCCCAUGGCAGAUGAGGGAGGAUAAAGUAAAGCGGGUUUUACAGGAAGCUCUCAAGGUUUGGAGUGAUGUCACACCCCUCACCUUUACUGAGGUUAUCAACCAAGAGGCCGACAUAGUCAUUGACUUUGCAAGGUACUGGCAUGGUGAUAAUUUGCCCUUUGAUGGCCCCGGUGGGAUCCUGGCUCAUGCUUUUUUCCCGAGAACACAUCGGGAGGGAGACAUUCAUUUUGACUAUGAUGAGUCCUGGACGGUUGGCAAUGAACUUGGAACUGAUCUUCUUCAGGUGGCAGCACAUGAGUUUGGUCAUGUCCUGGGUCUACAGCAUUCUCUGGAGCCUGGAGCCUUAAUGUCCCCAUUUUACAGCUUCUCUUAUCCUCUCCAGCUCAGUGAGGAUGACAAGAAAGGGAUUCAAUACCUCUAUGGCCUGCAAGCCCCGGUCCAAAUCCCUACAGAAACCAAUGAGAUUAUCACCAGUGCACCUGACGCUUGUCACACAGACUUCGAUGCUGUGUCUGUAAUCCGUGGGGAAUUGUUCUUCUUCAAGGCCAGCUAUGCCUGGCGCAUCAGGGAGGGCCGUCUGCAGGCGGGAUACCCUGCCCUGGCCUCUCGACACUGGAGGGGCAUUCCAGAAAAUAUAGGUGCCACCUAUGAAGACAAAAAGGGCAAUAUCUGGUUCUUUGAAGGUUCCAACUACUGGGUGUUUGAUGCAGAACUCAAGAUAAAAGGACCAGACCCUCUCCAGACUAUAGGCCUUCCUGUCACACACAUUCAGGCUGCACUGCGCUUAAAGGAGCACCACGGCCACCAUACAUACUUCUUCAAGUCAGGAAAGUACUGGCGUUUGGAUUCCCAAGAGAACAGAGUGGACACAGCCUUCCCACGCAGCAUCCAGCAGGACUGGUGGGGCAUCCCUGAUGAGAUUGAUGCUGCCUUCCAGGAUGCGAAUGGCUUUGCCGUCUUCAUCAGCCGUCGGCAGUACUGGAGGUUUGACCCAGUUCAGCGUAAGGUUUUGGAAGGUUACCCACGCUACGUUGGUGCAGAUUUCUUUGGAUGUAGCAUGCCAUAAACCCUCAGGAAACUUUUCUGUCUCUUACAACAAGUUCUCACACUCAGGUCUAAAGCACACAGUGUAAAUUUCCCUACGUUAUCAUGAUGAGGAACUGUACUAUAUAAACUAAGUUCUUGUUCCCGGGCAUUUCACUUCCCUUCACCUCAAAAAUGUCUGAUUAAUCUAAUUUCUUCUCAGGAAAUCUUGCACAUCUGAGCUUUAUGAACCACGUGGAGCUAUGUCUGUAUUUGUUGUAUUAUCAAACAAUCACUGUGUAAGGAGACAUUUAAAUGCCCUGUUGUUAAGGUGCUAAACAAGGUGCUAAAACACUUGUCAGGGAUCUGUGCACUAGUUGCAAUGUCCAUAACUAUCGAAGUUUUUUAUGAUUUGCUGCAAGUUGUACUGUCACUUAAACUGCAGUUUGUAUUGAUUAAUAGAGAAUAGGUCUCUCAUUCAAAAAACAUUUUUUCUUCUUUAUUUUGCAUAGGGGAAGGAUUUUUUUUAAGAUCACACAAACUCUUGACACAUGAGCAUUUGUUUAUGAGACUGUAUGAAUAGACAAACUGGUACUCUUCAGUGCAGGACACUGACAAUGUUUUAAAUAUU